AGGUUUGUGGGCUCUAAAGAAAACAGACGCAUGAGUAAAGGAAUAGAGGGCUACCCCUCUCCUCCUCUCUUCCUCUCCCAGUCUUUCUCCUCCAUUGACAGAGCUGAGAGAACGCUCCCAGGUUAGACAUCCAGACAGACCUCUCUCCGCUACAUGGACUAUCUACCACAGCACACAAAACAGACACUUUCUAUUGUUUCGACUUUCGUUUGGGGGGAAUUGUGUGUGUUUUCCUUAAAAAAAGCUGUCUUUCAAUGCAACAAUGAAGCUUUGUUGGACUUAAGUUUCCACAGAACCAGGAGCCGGUACAUCAGAACGCCGAAGAAGACUUAGGUCCGUUUUCAGAGCGAUCCUGUCGGGUUUUUGGACAGACUGGUUUCCAGGUGCGGUUGCUCCAACAGAGAUGGGCUCAGACGUACGUGACCUCAACGCCCUGCUACCCCCGGUGCCAGCCCUGCCAGGGGGGAAUGGGAACUGUACCCUGCCCGUCAGCAGUGCCCCUCAGUGGGGCCCUGUACUGGACUUCCACACUGGCGCCCCCUACAGCUCACUGGCCCCCCACUCCUUCAUCAAGCAGGAGCCCAGCUGGAGCUCUGGGGAUCCCCAGGAGGACCCUCACUGUGGCCUGAGUGCCUUCACCCUGCACUUCUCUGGCCAGUUCACUGGCACAGGGGCCUGCAGGUACGGGGCCUUCGGGGCCCCCCCUCCACCCAGUCAGCCCCCACCAAGCCAGCCAAGGAUGUUCAGCAACGCACCCUACCUGACCAACUGUAUGGACACCCAGCCCCCCUCCAGGAACCAGGGUUACAGUGCUUUUGAUGGUGCCACUAAUUACGGUCACACUCCCACACACCACUCCUCCCAGUUCCUCAACCACUCCUUUAAAGAUGAAAACUCCCUCGCUCAGCAGACCAGUAUGGGUGAACAGCCGUAUCCUGUCCCUCCACCCGUGUAUGGAUGCCACACCCCAUCAGACAGCUGUACAGGCAGCCAAGCCCUACUGCUGAGGAACCCUUACAACAGCAGUGAUAAUUUAUACCAAAUGGCAUCUCAGCUGGAAUGCAUGGCAUGGAACCCUGUUAGCACGCUGGCUUCCACCAUUAAGAGCCAUGCUACGGGUUAUGAAAGUGACCCCAACACUCCCAUGGUGUAUAGCUGCAGCACCCAGUACCACAUCCACACCCACGGCAUCUUCAGAGGCAUGCAGGAUGUCCGACGGGUGCCAGGUAUCGCCCCAGCCAUUGUUCGCUCAGAGACCAAUGAGAAGAGGCCAUUCAUGUGUGCAUAUCCUGGCUGCAACAAACGAUACUUCAAGCUGUCCCACCUGCAAAUGCACGGCAGGAAACACACAGGCGAGAAGCCCUACCAGUGUGACUUUACCGACUGUGGACGAAGGUUCUCCAGGUCAGACCAGCUCAAGAGACACCAGCGAAGACACACAGGGGUUAAACCGUUCCAGUGCGAGACGUGUCAGAGAAAGUUCUCGCGGUCUGACCACCUUAAGACCCACACCCGGACUCAUACAGGUAAAACAAGCGAGAAGCCAUUCAACUGCAGAUGGCCCAACUGUCAGAAGAAGUUUGCCAGGUCUGAUGAGCUGGUUCGUCACCACAACAUGCACCAGAGGAACCUGACCAAGCUGCAGCUUGCCAUCUGAACCAGAUCUGAACCAGACCACUCUGCUCUGCAUACGCACUGGCCUCACUGCUCUCAAACACUCUGUCUACAUGAGACUCUGAAUCUCCAUCUUGUUCACCGAUGCCUGUAGCACAAAGGGGAAACAGCAGCAGAGCAGGUCUAUCCACUAGAUAGCACAGCCACAAAGUAAAAAAUGACUGUGUUGUAAAGAUUCAUAAAAACAAUAAUGAGCUUUUUAGUCUUAAUUUAAGGUAAGGGUUAGGUAUAAGGUUUUAAAGAAGAGAAAUUGUAGAUAUUUAAAGAAGAGAAAUUGUAGGAAUAGGUGGGGUUUAUUACUUUGUGGCUGUGGUAACAGAGCAGGAGGCUGCCAGUCUUGUUCAUCUGCAUGUAACUGUACAGCCUCACCUACGCACAGUCCUCCAAACAGCGCCAUCUAAGGACGGUCCUCUGUCCAGAUGCUCUGAUCCAGAGGGUUAUUUUAGUAAGACAUUUAAAGAGGAAAAAUAGUUUCUAUCUCUUGUUGGUGUUGAAAAAAGUAGAUGUGAAUGACUUUAUGCCUUUUUUUCAUUUAUAGUGUUACUUUGAGCAGUUUCAGAUUAAUUUAUUAUUUUAUCAUACUUUUGUGAAUUAAAAUAUCUUUCACUGGAAUGAUUUCUGGAAAGGGGGACAUUUUUUACUUUGGUCCAACAGCAUGUUCAUCAUCGCUUUCGUUCAGUCCACAAAUUUGAUCUGCACCAGGUAGUUGAAUCAUAAAGCUACAGUAAGUCCUCUUCGGUCUGUGAUGUUGUCUGUAAAUAUUGUUUCACUUUGACUGUGGAUUUUGGGGAUGUGAGUUAAAAAAAUAUAUGUAUCGUCACACUGGCUAUGUGGCCAAGAAGUUGUGUUAUUAAAUUAUGUAAAUAAUAGUACUGGACAAUGGAUUGCAUUUGAAAAAAAUAUCCUUGCCAUGGAAACAUGUGACUUAACUAUUAUACUUUAGACUAGACCUACUUUGAUAGAUCCAGGAAAUGUUUUUUUAAGUGUCAUAAAACACAUUUUUUUUUACUCUGAAAUGUAUUAUCAGUAUAUUAUGGUCUGUUCCCCUCUGUUUAAACUGUACUUUCCCCCACAAUUUUUAUACAGUAUAUAUAUAUAUAUAUAUAUGCUGAUUCUGUUGUUGUUGUUGUUAUUGUUCCCCAUUGAGUUCUGUAUUAAAGUCCUCCAGCAGUGUGUGGCCUGCCUGGGCAGCUGUGUUGGCUCAGGGGGCCAGUGUUGAGUUACUUUUGCCCUCACUAACAGGGCUGAUCAACCGCGCUCCUGAGACCCAAUGACCAGACCAGAGCCUGACCUUAACCUGACCAGGUCGUGACCGCUCGUAGGUCAUCUUACACGAGUCGCCAGAGGAGGCUCAUACUGGCCAGAAUAAAAGUAGUUAGGAUAACAAAACAGAACUCUUUGACUGUAGCUAACAUCCGCUGCUUUCUUUAUCUCGAACCAGAUUAUUUUAAAAUUCCUUGGCUUCUGAGUGAAACAGGAGACACAGAUAAACAUAAACAUGUUUUCUCUCAAACCCACUGUUGCUCAGCACUCCAUCUUAAUCAAGCUAGCAAUGCACUCUCCCUGCACUUAGAAAAACGACACACUUUUAAGUUGUUUCUCAAUCAAGACAAAAAUAUCCUCUUUCCGUUGUGAGUUUUUUAUCAUUUGACAUCCACAUUAAUGCACUGUCACUGUGAAAACAACAGACAGAAAGCUUGGUAUAGCUUGGUAUAAUGUCAAAAUGUACUACAGCUAGUUAUAAAACAUCAAGCCUUCCUCUCUCCGAGUGGCUGACUGUAUGGUGAUGGUGUUUUAUCACAUUGGGGGAAUAUUGUUGUUGAGAUCCUCUUCUUUCUUUAAGUAUUCGCUUGGCCCCAGUGUUGUGUAAAUCAGCUUGACUCUCUCACACUAUUACUCAUAUAACAAAAAAACGCUAGUGGUUAAUCUCUGUCCCAGAUUUGUGCUCCAAGGCCCAGCUCCACAGCCUUUGAAGAGAGGUGACUGUUUUUUGUAACUUUAGUGCAGUCCACUUAUAAUCGUCACAAUAGAGGCUGUAUGAAAACCAUCCACUUACAAAUAGUACAUUCCUUUACACAAAUGUGGGGCUUUCUAAGAGGAUAGGGUUGAAUGGGAAAGAAUACGAAUGACAUCAGUGUACUGUCGUAGGACAACUUUACAGUACAUUAAACACUGCAUUCAAAGCC